GAUAGCAGUACAAUAGAAUUGGUGCAAUCUCUUCUCGACACUUCCUUUUUAAGUGCAUAUGCGGUGUACAAUCUGAGCCCGUCCUCUUAUCAUUCUGAGCAUUGGUUUGGUGGCCGUGUCUCCCAUCGGCCAUUCGAGGCAAACCGAGCACCUUCUCUGCGUUCCCUUGUUGAACUCUGUCUGAAUGCUCGCCUUUGGCUGAGUCAGAGCCAGAAGAACGUCUGCAUUAUACAUUGCACAGACGGCCGGAAUCUUUCAGCCAUCUUCGUAUGUGCUCUGCUACUAUUUUGCGGUGUUUUUGACAAGACUAUUUCUGCCAUCCGUCUUUUUACCGCUCGUCGAGGUCCCCCUUGUUUAACGGCCUCACAGAUUAGACCUGAGUCAUCCUUUUUUUACUACACUUUCUAG